AUGGAGCUAACGGACAAUGCAGAUUUUCCAGAAUUUCUCGGACAUACCAGUUUUGAAGCAGCCCAAACGGAAAACCAAGUUAUCUCGGAUAAUGAGAACGAAGAUGGUAAACUGGGCAGACGCAAUUUUUGUUAUUGUCAUGUCUCCAGAGAAGGUGUCCGCAAAAGACUUCAUCGCAGCAAGAUCGUGUUGGAGGAACAUCUCUGUUACCCCUGGCUCAGAAGGCUGGUUUUCCACUUGUCACAUUACUUCCCAAACUUGCACACAACUCGCCCUACCAGUAAACACCCUCGUGGCAAAUCUGUCAGCCGUCAGGUCAUCCAACAGUCACAGAGACCCAAAACGGUGCCAACACAUGUAGGUCCCGUAGAUGAGAAUAGUGAAGACGGGCAACAGCGUAUGAAAACCAACAUGAGCGCAUUUAUUGUACCGCCUCAGCAGACGAUGUGUGGUUUAGUGUCCCAGGAAACAAGGAACCUGAAUUCACCUGAUUAUUGCUCCCGUAGACGUCCUCGAAAACCGAAGGGAGGGAGAUAUCCGCUUCGGAGACAGAAGUCUAGUGGAUUGGUGGAGAGCGAUUUGGGCAUCACAAAGUCGGAGGACGCAAUGGAAUACCCUGUUGAGAGGUACGAGAACCAUUAUUCAGAUGGAAGGAAAUCAUUUAAUUCUUUCGAGUCCUCCAGAGAUCCGGGCAAAAUCAAUAAAGAAUAUUCCUCAUCAAAGACAAGCAGGUGUUCGCCUAAUCCUCCAAACUAUAGACAAAGGCAGCUUCGCAACGACAACAAUGAAAGCAGUUAUGAAGAACUAACGAAUGAACUGCAGGAAGGAGUUUCUUCUGCUUCUCUAUCAAAUACUGUCUUCGAGGAGGUGUCCAAGGCCCCCAUAGACCCUGCUAUUGCAUUUGAAAACCCAACCAAAGCUCAAGGUGUGACCAACAGGACCGAGAAACCGCUAAAUCCAUCGGAUGACAAAAGUAUCGUACAGUAUCGCAGGGUGAAACCUCGACGUAACAGCUCCGCUCAACAAUGCGAACCGGGUAUGGCUUCCGGCCGAUUGAUGCUGCGGUGUUCCAUGGACGAUCGUACGCCUUUGCAGAGAAGGUUGCCCACUGAACAGUGUCCAGUAGAGCAAUAUUUCAUGACGGAUAUCCACUCAGUGAACAAACACGUUGAAAGUUGGUUAGAAGAAUCGAUGCAAGUGGCUAUGAAGAAAAAACAAAGACGGCGUAAUAACGUGCCACACUUGAGUAGUGCGGACACUGCUUAUGAAACAAUGGACACUCCGAUAAAAGUCGCACAGCCGCAUAGUUUCGACGGGCCAACAAAAGUCAGUUCCUUCGAGCAAAAUGACACAUAUUUGUCUUAUGCAUACAGCUCAACUCCUCUGGUCAAACCUGAUAGUCACACAUAUAUCCCGUCUGUUUAUCCUGUCAUGCGUGGAUUGCAUAACUCCGCUUUCUUGUCAAAGGAAAUCAACGCCGACCAUGCUGAUUCAUCUGAAUUCAAUAUCUGUAGACAGCACUUGAAGACCCGUUUACCAGAUGACAGGAAAAUGUGCAAACAGUCAAAGCAUGCUUUUUGCUCUGCAUCCCAGCUUAAAGGUAUAAGGCAGUUCACCGCUUCUUUUGAAUCACCGACAGGUUCUACCAGUAAGAUGGUUAGUGUGAGAAAUCACGCUAUAAGUGAAAAUCAGCUGCCUAGCCAAACAAUUUCGUCUCCGAAGGAGCCAUUGUUACGACCACCAGGAAGAAAAGUAAGGGCCCACUCUUAUCAGGGACAAGAGCAAACCAAACAUGACGUUCAUUCAAAGCUAAAUUAUCUAGCAAACAACAAUUGGGGAGGCGAUAAUGUUGGUUGUAGAGAAGAUUUAAUGGGCAUAAAGCAAUUAAGUAGUAUGAGUACUCCUCGGUAUCCUACUCGAGCCGACAAGGCCACAGAAAAUGAAUCAUCUCAUUUCGCACUAACACCGAAAGGGGAAGCGGAUAAUACUAGAUUAUUCAUUGUGCCAAAAUCAAUCGAGUCACAUCGAUGGUCAAGUGAUAUUUACUGGCAACGCUGCUGUGACCGCUGGUUUACUCGACUGGAUAAUGAAGGUGGUAUCCAACAUCAGGAUAACCAAAUUGAAGCCAGUUUAGAGCACAAUGCCUCAGAGCUCAGUCGCAAUGGUUUGCUUCUUUCCACACCGACAUCUAGCGCAUUGUUUCAACGGCGAUAUUCACACCAUUUGAAACCACUGGAUGCUUGUAACGACAGACAGGCGCAUAGUAUGGAAUUAGUGAAUGCACCCAGUUACAACUGCAGGUCAAUUUCCAAGUCUCCAAAUGCUUCCAAGACAUUCUUCCGUCCUUGUUCGCCUGUAAUGUAUAGUCGUUCAGUGCAACAAUCCACGGGAUCGUUUCCUCCGCCUUGGGGUGGCUUCUUUAGCGGACCGGAGCUCUCCUUAAACUCCCCACACAAUUCGUCCAACAUAACCCCAGAAUCCCUACAAAGUAGGUGUUUAUUUGACCAACUUACAGAGACGUCGCAUAAACACGGAGCUGAACUUAUGCAAAGAAGCAAAUGCAAACAUUCGUCGGCCACUUCCUCUAUUUACCACCCUUCUCAGAAAACAAUGUCAACUGCGUAUAGUUGUGCAAUGCAUACUCGAGGGAGUCUCCUCUCCCCCACGCAUUUGUCACCAUUUCCACAACCGCAAGUUUCAAAGCUUGAGGAAAGAAAAGUGCGAAGUUUUGAGCUGAAUAUGAGUUACGGAAGCAUGGAUGAGCAACGAAACAGUUACUUAGCAGUUCCCAGUCAUUGUAGCUUAGAAUCUUCCAGGAGGGGUUCUUCAUUAAGUGGAAGGUUACUGCCAGAUUUUCAUAACAAACCAGCUGACCCAAUUGCUGUAACCCCGCAGCCCACACCUGUUCGCCUCUCGGUCACAAAUGGCCCAUUUUCUAAUGUCCAACAGGCGCAAAAUGCUGAGAGAUUAAUUCCACCGGACCUGGUCUUUAGCCCUGCAUCGCGGCGCACAUCUUUGAUGGAUGAAGCCGACUGCUUUACGUCGGUCCUUGAUUCCCGGGAGAUUUCCAACAAGAAUUGUGAUCACCAAGUUCCAGAGAAUGAGUUCCUCGAAUCACCGGAUUGCCUACCAAAAAUAGAUAAGCAAGAACAUGGUGAUGGAUUUCACCGGAGCAUGGUUCCAUCUCAUGGGGUGCUACGAAGACUUUCGAAUUACGAAGAAAACGCACAAACAUACAGACGAGAACCUCCGUUUUGGUGGCAACAAGCGUGUACUUACCAAGCGCAUCCACAAUUACAGCGUAGUUGCUCUCGUUUGGUUGAUAACCAUGAAGAAACCUUGGAUCACGAGGAACGAUGGCAGCCUGAACUUUGUACAUCCCCAUUAUCAGCAAAUGUGCACUCCAUGGAAUAUCUUUUUCAAGACACGCGACACAUUCAAAAAGAAAAACCCUCUGGUCACAAAUUCAUUCAGGUCAAAUUAAAUAUGCAAAACGCUGGUAAGGCUAAACGCAUGCAACGUAUAGGUAAUAAACAAAAUGCAUUACCUUCGGCACGUACAUCCAGAGAUAACAGUGAAGUACAUAAACAUGUAAAAGUUAGCAAGAGCAAUAGAAGCAAGUCAUCGUCGGUCUCACAAGACAGACAAUCCUCGGACAUCGAACAGGGAAGUAAAAGCGUUGGAGUGGCAAAGGGCGAUAAACAUGGCGUUCUUCCCAAGUCUUCUAAGUUAAGGGUGAUAGUGCAAGACAACUAUAUAUUCCGUAGCAGCAGUACCGGUGACUCUGGCGUUGAUCCCAAAAUUUUAGAGCCCUCGUUGGGACCUGUUGUUGACAGUAGCGAGGAAAAUCUAACAGAAUAUGAUGAUGAGGACCGUGGUGAUUUAAAGAAUAAAGUAAAGAAUGAUAUCCCAACAACUGGGAACAAAAGUAAGGCUCUACAGUUUUCCUUAUCGAAAGAUGCCAAAAGACCAGUAUCUGAGAAACAUGCUGAGCGCAGACGUAGCUUCUUGGUCGGUUAUUUGCAACAAGCACUGCAAAGAAGUUUGGAUGAUCUUCAUAUCGACACUGAAUAA